ACACCAAAGAUCCUGUCGAACACUGGAAUCCAAACUGAGGCUGUUGGUUUAGAGGGUAGCCAUUUUGAAUUGACGGUGAAACUGGUCAUAUUCGGAAGCGACAGAAGUACUAAGAAGAAUCUGGUUAAUCAAGCACGUAAAGAAUAUAGAAUACACAUUUUAUAUACCUUUGUUAUAGAUAAUAUACUUAAGGUGGAUUUGAAGGACGUUUUGUUCAGAUUUACCUUAGUUGUAGUGGUAGAAGGAACGGUUAAUUUUCCGUUCUUGCUGGUGGAAAUUCAAAACAAUGGCCUGUGCUACGUUGAAACGGACAUUAGAUUUUGAUCCACUACACAGCCCUUCUGCUUCUCCAAAGAGGAGGAGAUGUAUGCCUGUUUUAAAGCCAUCAACCCCACCUUCACAACAGUGCAAGAAACCAUCUCCAUUUGAAAAUGUAUCUUCUAAAUACUUGAAUAGAGAACAACUAGCAAAUAGUAUCACUCUUGAAUGGAAACGACUCCAAAGGAGAAAGAAGUUAAUGGAGGAAGCCAAUUUUUCCAAUUGUAGUGCAUCAGAAACGAUGGCCUCAACCCAAGAAUUAGUGCAAUCUCACUUCCAGCCUCUUCCGUCAACUUCAGCAGGCCCAUCUUCAAGCCUGGCGGCCGGCAAUGUCGAUGCUGCUGCAUGUUCAGCAGCUCGCAAAGAACAGCCCCUCUUUACAUUGAAACAAGUCCUCAUCAUAUGUGAAAGGAUCUUGAAGGAAAGGGAUGGACAGAUAAAAGAAGAAUAUGACCUGUCUCUUAUACACAUCUAG